AUGGAGUCUCUCCCGCCUGGUAUGACGCAGGCUUACGAGUGGGAGAACACUUAUAUUAUGGAGCCUAAGGCGGAUGAACGGUUUAUACCGAGCAAAGUAAGAGCGGUGUGUGAGCGGGCCAUGAAGGCUAAACUGGAGGACCAGGAGUAUGUGAGUGAGAAGGAGGCAAAGCAGUGGGUGUUAGAGCUGUGUGCUGAGAUAAAGGAUGCUGUCAGAGAAGAAUGUAACGUACUUAGGCACAAGAUCAUGGUGCAAGUCGUCAUAUCUAAGAAUGAGGGCCAAGGCAUACGAGUAUGCAGUAAGGGACUUUGGGAUGAGUCUAAUGAUAAUUGGGCCUCCUACACCUUCCAUAGUCGCUUCCUGUUGGGUACGGCUAUGGUGUUCGGAUGCUAUUACGAGUAA